UGAGUAAUGUGACGACGAAAAAAGAGUGCUUCUGGUUUUGUCAAUUUUAUCCAUAUUUUGCCGGUCUCGAGGUAUUUAUUCUGUCACUUUCAUUUAAUUCAUCUACAGGAUGACUCAGAAACUCUUGGAUGGGCUAAAUGAUUUAGGGUAUUCUGGACCCCUUUUAGACAAAAGUAAUUUAGAUGCUGCCUUAGAGGAAGGUGCAAAAAGUAUAGAAUACACUAAAUUAGUGAAUUUUUUGACAAAUGAAUUACGAACCCUCCUCAACAUUGAUGAACAAGUAAAUCCUAUUACAAGUCCAGAAGAUGCAGUGGCUUUUAUCAUGGAAGUUAGUUCAUUCCUGAAAGAACUAAAUUGCACUUAUUCGGUGUUAACACAAGGUCACAUAUCAGACCGUCUUCAAAAUGUUGAACACAGACUUCUACUUUUAGAUUAUUUGGCAACGGAAUUAAUGGCAGCACGAAUUUUACAAGAGAAAAAGCCUGAUAAAAAAAUCGAGUUGAAACUGCAAGAAACAGAAGAAGCUGCAAAUUUAAGAAAGAUAUUGAUGACUUUACGAUUUCCUAAACCACCCCCAAAUAUUACCAUUCAGCAACUUUUCCAAAAAGUAGUACCAACAGUUCAAAGCACUGUACAGAAAGUAGGGAAAGAAUUAGUUGGCCAACCUGCUUUCACGGGAACACUUUCUGAUAAACAGUGGGAAAUUUUGACUGGAGUUCAGAAAGAUUUAAAUAGUGAAUAUAAAAUUCGGCGAGAAAUGCUGCUUACAAGAUUAGAUGUCACUAUUCAAUCAUUUCAAUGGUCCGAUAAAACAAAAGGUAAGGAUGAAUUAUUUGAAAAAAUCUACACAGAGAAACGAAAACGCUUGAAAACUGAACCCGAGGUGGAACUUUCCAAUUUGUUGGCGGCGAGAAGCGACAUUGCAAUUAUUGAAAAAACUAGUAAUUCUUCUGUGAGAAAAAAUACUCGUUCAUCAUUAAAUAAAGUUAUAAUUGGACAGGUUCCUGACCGAGGUGGAAGAACAUCAGAACAGGCCCCACCUCCUCCAGAAAUGCCGUCGUGGCAGCAGCGCACAACUACUCCAUCUGGUGGCGGACGGGGAGGUAGAGGUGGCGGUUCAGGAGGCGGCAACUACAAUCGCAAUGAUUACAAUAAACCUAAUUAUUCAAGAGAUUCUGGUGCUGGAAAUUACAGCGGAAGUUAUUCAAGUAACCAAGGUGGAUAUGAUAAUUCUAGCAGUAGUAGACCCAACUAUAGUGGGAGUAAUUAUGGUUCAAAUACCAACUAUAGUGGGAAUAGUUAUGGUUCAAAUACCAACUAUAGUGGGAAUACUUACGGUUCAAAUACCAACUAUAGUCAGAACCGUAGUUUUGAUAGCGCCGGUAGUUACACUUCUGGUAGUGGUAACUACAGCGGCUCUAGUUACAACAGAGAGGGUACUUAUAGUGGGGGUAGAAGCAACUAUAGUAAUGACAACAAAAGUAGUUAUGAUAAUCGGAAUUUUGAUAGCGCAGGUAGUUAUGGAAAGGAUUAUUACUAUGAACAAAAUUCGAAACGCCCCAAGACUUAUGAUUCAUUUCAAUCAAGUAGAACUACCUAUGCAGAUCAGUAUGUACAAGAAGAACAACACAACCAACAGUAUCAUGGCAGGGGAAGCAAUCGGAGCCGGGGAAGAGGUCACUCUAAUUACAGUAGAGGAGGUAGAAAUAACUAUUAAUUGCUUGUCAACAAUGAAGGUGUAAAUUCUACUUUAAUCAACAAAUACUAAUCAGGAAAAUUAAACAUAUUUAAAGUCAUAUUUGUCAUUGUUUAGUAACAAGGCUGCCAAGAUUUUACUGAGUAUUAAGUUGGAUUUGAUUAUGUUUUACUCAAAAAUAAUUUUACUUAAAAAUAAGUAAAUUGCUUUAUAAAAUAAAAAUGUAUUGUAAAAAUAUAAUUACAUCUUCACGAA